CCGGCCGAGGCUUGCAGAGGUCCCUUCUGGCCCGCGACUCCUGCGCCUCCUCCGCCUUUGAUCCUGCUGACCCGUCCCUGCUGCCAUGAAGAUCGCAGUGAUUGGGCAGAGCCUGUUCGGCCAGGAAGUUUACCGUCAGCUGAGGAAGGAGGGCCAUGAGAUUGUGGGCGUGUUCACUGUUCCAGACAAGGAUGGGAAGGCAGAUCCCCUGGGCCUGGAGGCCGAGAAGGAUGGAGUGCCAGUGUUCAAGUUCCCCCGCUGGCGGGUGAAAGGACAGGCUCUGCCCGAUGUGGUGGCGAAAUACCAAGCUUUGGGUGCCGAGCUCAACGUCCUGCCCUUCUGCAGCCAGUUCAUCCCCAUGGAGGUCAUCAGUGCCCCCCGCCACGGCUCCAUCAUCUACCACCCAAGUCUGCUCCCCCGGCACCGAGGGGCCUCGGCCAUCAACUGGACCCUCAUUCAUGGAGACAAGAAAGGGGGCUUUACCAUCUUCUGGGCAGAUGACGGACUGGACACUGGGGACCUUCUUCUCCAGAAGGAGUGUGAGAUCCUCCCGGAUGACACCGUGAGCACCCUGUACAACCGCUUCCUCUUCCCUGAAGGCAUCAAAGGGAUGGUGCAGGCUGUGAGGCUGAUCGCCAAAGGCAAUGCUCCCAGACUCCCCCAGCCAGAGGAAGGAGCCACCUAUGAGGGCAUUCAGAAGAAGGAAACAGCCAAGAUCAACUGGGACCAGCCAGCAGAGGCAAUUCAUAACUGGAUCCGAGGGAACGACAAGGUGCCGGGCGCCUGGACAGAGGCCUGUGGGCAGAAGCUGACGUUCUUCAACUCAACGCUGAACACUGUGAGCCUGGUGCCUGAGGGGGAAGCUCUGCCCAUCCCAGGAGCCCAUCGGCCGGGGACAGUCACCAAGGCGGGACUCAUCCUUUUCGGGAAUGACGACAAAAUGCUGCUGGUGAAGAACAUCCAGCUGGAGGACGGCAGGACGAUCCCGGCCUCAUGCUUCUUCGGGGGAGCAGACAGCAGUGUCCUUGAACUGACAGAGACAGAACUGGCCAUGGCAGAGACUGUGAGGAGCGCUUGGAAGCGGAUUCUCCCCAGUGUCCUAGAGGUGGAAGACUCCACCGAUUUCUUCAAGUCAGGGGCUGCAUCGGUGGAUGUUGUGAGACUGGUUGAGGAAGUGAAGGAGCUGUGUGAUGGACUGGAAUUAGAAAAUGAAGAUGUUUACAUGGCAACCACCUUUGGGGACUUCAUCCAACUACUAGUGAGGAAGCUACGAGGGGACGACAAAGAGAGCGAGUGCAUCAUUGAUUACGUGGAAAAGGCGGUGAACAAGCUGACCCUCCGAAUGCCCCACCAGCUCUUCAUUGGGGGUGUGUUUGUGGACGCUGAGGGCGCCAAGACCUAUGAGACCAUCAACCCGACAGACGGAAGUGUCAUCUGCCAGGUGUCCCUGGCCCAGGUCAGCGAUGUUGACAAGGCAGUGGCUGCCGCUAAGGAUGCCUUCGAGAAUGGAUUGUGGGGGAAGAUCAGUGCACGGGACCGGGGCCGGCUCCUGUACAGGUUGGCGGACCUCAUGGAACAGCAUCAGGAAGAGCUGGCCACCAUCGAGUCUCUGGAUGCAGGCGCUGUCUACACCCUGGCCCUGAAGACCCACGUGGGCAUGUCCAUCCAGACCUUCCGCUACUUUGCUGGCUGGUGCGACAAAAUUCAGGGCUCCACCAUCCCCAUCAACCAGGCCAGACCAAACCGCAACCUGACCUUGACCAGGAAGGAGCCUAUCGGGGUGUGUGGCAUCGUCAUCCCCUGGAACUACCCCCUGAUGAUGCUCUCCUGGAAGACGGCUGCCUGCCUGGCUGCUGGCAACACAGUGGUGAUCAAGCCUGCCCAGGUGACUCCACUCACAGCCUUGAAGUUUGCGGAGUUGACCUUGAAGGCUGGCAUUCCCAAGGGCGUGGUCAACAUCCUCCCCGGAUCUGGCUCGCUGGUUGGCCAGAGACUCUCAGACCAUCCCGAUGUGCGGAAAAUUGGGUUCACAGGUUCCACGGAGGUGGGAAAACACAUCAUGAAAAGCUGCGCCCUGAGUAACGUGAAGAAGGUCUCCCUGGAGCUGGGCGGGAAGUCACCCCUCAUCAUCUUCGCUGACUGUGACCUCAGCAAGGCUGUGCAGAUGGGGAUGAGCUCCGUCUUCUUCAACAAAGGCGAGAACUGCAUUGCCGCGGGCCGGCUUUUCGUAGAGGACUCGAUCCACGACCUCUUUGUGCAGAAGGUGGUAGAAGAGGUGAAGAAGAUGAAGAUCGGUAACCCUCUAGACCGGGACACCAACCAUGGACCGCAGAACCACCGAGCCCACCUACGGAAGCUGAUAGAGUACUGCCAGCGUGGCGUGGAGGAAGGGGCCACGUUGGUCUGCGGUGGGAGUCAAGUCCCGCGGCCAGGUUUCUUCUUUGAGCCGACUGUUUUUACGGAUGUGGAGGACCACAUGUUCAUAGCCAAGGAGGAGUCCUUUGGGCCCAUCAUGAUCAUCUCUCGGUUUGCUGAUGGCGAUGUGGACGCCGUGCUGUCUCGGGCCAACGCGACAGAAUUUGGCCUGGCCUCUGGCGUCUUCACCAGGGACAUCAGCAAGGCCUUGUAUGUCAGCGACAAGCUGGAGGCGGGCACCGUGUUCGUGAACACGUACAACAAGACCGACGUGGCCGCUCCCUUCGGAGGCUUCAAGCAGUCGGGCUUCGGCAAAGACCUCGGAGAGGCGGCCCUGAACGAGUACCUGCGGCUGAAGACAGUUACUUUUGAGUACUGAGGAAAGGUCUCCUGAAGAUCGCCCCCCUCUCUACGACGUGUCCUCGCCCUCCACUAUGGGGCCUGCGUUCUCAGGGGGAGGCCUAGGCUGCCCCUCCGGAGAUCCCGGCCUCUCACCCCCCUCCGAGAGCACAGCACCCACGUGAGGCACUGGUGGAAACCCUCCUGUCCACACCCGCUGUCCCUGCUGGGACAGCCCCACCCCUGCCCAAUCACAGUGGCCUUUGUUUGCUGAGAAAGUGGCCCCAAGGUGAAUACACGUUCUGACCGGUGGCAGCAGG